GAUAGUAGCACUUCAGGAGGUGCGCUGGAAGGGUACAAUGAUACGCCAUCUACCAAGGUGGAGGUGAAACGCGUGUGCUCGGUACCGCGUUCAUGGUGCUAGGUGCUAUGCAACAGCGAGUGAUUGGAUGGUGGCCAGUCAAUGAGCGAAUGUGCAGGUUGAGUGAGCAUCUUAAAUGUGCACAGUCCGCACCUUGGGAGCACCGAUAACGAGAAGGAGCUCUUCUUUACGCAGCUGGAGAGGGAGUACGACCGCUGCCCACAACACGACGUCGAAAUUGUCAUCGGGGACUUUAAUGCUCAGGUCGAUCGGGAGGAGGCAUUCAAACCGACGAUAGGAAGCUUCAGCGCCCACCAGCUGACAAACGACAACGGCUUCAGGCUUAUCAAUUUUGCCUCAAUUUGGUCCUCCAAGCAUAUGAGCAUUCGUAGCACCUUUUUCCAGCAAGCACCGCGGUUCAGCUAUACCUGGAGAUCACCACUACAAACCUAUUCCCAAAUCGACCACGCUCUGAUAGACGGAAGGCACUUCUCGGAUAUUAUCGACGUGAAAACAUACAGAGGCGCAAACAUCGACACGGACCGUCGCCUGGUAAAUGGUAAAGCUGCACCAGAAACUCUCCGUGGUCAACAACCAACGGAGCAAGCCUAUCCCAAGGCUCAAUCUGGAUCAACUGAAACGUGCUGAUGUGGCGGAGAGGUAUGCGGUAGCGCUCGGGGAAACGCUUUCGGACGACAACACCGCAAUGCCCCUCGGAGACCACUGGCGUAAGGUGGAACACAGACAGUCGACCCUGCUCUUCCAGGAAAAGAAGCGCCGCUUCGAAGAGUCAGAUGAACAGCUGCUGGCAAAGCUCUCUCAGUCGGGGGACAUCCGCUCGUUUUACAGGAGGUUGAAAGAGGCGCGGAGUGGAUUUGCUCCUAAAACCGCGAUGUGCCGGGACGCAGACGGAAAUCUCCUGACAGACGAGCGAAAGGUGAUCGAAAGGUCCUCCAGAAGUGCCGAGAGCGUAAGAUCCCUACGCACAUCCUCUUUAUCGACUUCAAGGUGGCCUACAAUACCAUAG